UCGGAUCCAAGAAUGUGCAGUUAAUUUUUGAUGACAUCAUUUGAAAUAUAUUGUGAAUUUUAGUGUUUUGUUAAAAACCGCAGAGAUAUUCGGAUGAACAUAUUUUCGGAUAAUCAGGUCAGAGGAUUCAAAAAAUCUUAUGAUUUCACGAAAGAAGACCAAGAACCUCGACUUAACUUAAUCGUUUGUGAAUUUCUUUUACGCAUGCAUGAACAAUGAAUGUAACAAGUUAUAUUCAGGAACGUCAAUAUGGGUUGUCCAGGAGGAAGAAGAGUUCACAGAGGAACAUGGAAAUGUUCCUGGAGAUGAAACUCUCAAAAUCAUUUGUUAAUAAGGCUGCUGAGAUAUCUGGGAAAUGUAGGGCCACUUUUGUUAUGCAGUUCAGUCCAGAUGGGACAAAAGUUGCAUCAACACAUGGUGACCAUUCUGUUAGGGUUACAGAUAUUGCAACAGGAAAGUGUUUGCACACAUUACGAGGACAUCCUCGAACCCCUUGGAGCCUGGCUUACCAUCCCUCCUACAGUAAUAUUGUAGCCAGUGGCUGUUUAGGUGGUCAGGUCAGGAUUUGGGACCUUUAUGGCCAUGGUUGUGAAGUAUGGGACACAGAAAAUAAUUCAGUGGUUGCUGCACUGGCUUUUCAUCCGACUGACCAGGUGCUUGUCAUAGCUGCUGGUAACACUAUCUACUUCUGGGACUGGACAAAACCGGAACCGUUUGCCAAGUGUAGUACCAGUCAUGAUUAUGAAAGAAUCAGAUGGAUACAUUUUGACAGUGUUGGGCACACACUUUAUACAGGGAUCUCCAAUAAUACAUCUGUACAUAGAGAUCAGUUGUCCAGUGUGUCUCACAUGGGGGAGGAACGACCUCCACCCACAAGUCAACCAUCAAGAUUAAGCUCCGUGUACAAUAACAUUGUAAACUACUACCAGGACUACAGACGAGAUAGGCUUUUCACACAGUUAGGACCUGGUGAUGGUAUCGGGUUACCAAUAGCAACAGGUAUAGGAAGUAUGGUGGACAGGAAUGUUCCUACAGGACAAGGUUAUGAUGGGCUGCCUGACCUCCAUAAUGAGGGCUUAGUGAGACCUUUAUCACCUGGAUCCCCACCUCGACCACCUCUACCAGGACCCGAUGAGCCCUCUGUAAUAGGACAGUCAGUUCGAGGCAGUGGGAAUAAUUUUGUGUCAUACGCCAGUCAAAUUGCCCAUGCAUUAAGACCAGCCGGAUACCAACCAAGUCCUGAAUUUGUAAGACGCCGAAGAAGAUGGCAGGGCAGUGACUUUCCCAGAAUAAGUGUGCAAGAAAGUUCUGGUAAUCUGCGUCCAAGCACGCAGUCUGUAUUUGGCAGCUUGCCAGAAUCAGAAAGAGAACUCCUGUUGAAUCCAACAUUUGAUCCUUUCCUGUCCUCAAUAAACCAAGACGCUGAAACCCCAACAGAAGGCUUAAAUCCACUCACCAGUAACACUGAACGGCAAAGAGUGGCAGCUUCAAGAAGAAUAACUAAUGAACCAUCUUUGAGCAGGCAUCUGUUACCAGCAAUUGAUAUAACGGAGGAAGUAGAAAUUCCACUCGAAGCUGUAACAGGCCAGUAUAUAAGGCCCUGUUCAAAUACCGGACAUACAAAUAUAGUAUCAUCUGUGAGGGGAGAGUCAAAUGAUAGUACUGAAAUAAAUAGUGCUGUUAAUGAUGUAGACAGACCACUUAUCAAAUAA